AUGGCUUCAAAACAGUUUGAUCAACUAAAACAACAUAAUACUCGAUUAUCAGAUAUGAUUAAAGAACCAACACGAAUGCUACCACCAAUAAAAGGAUUUGAAAAUCUUGAUCUUGUCUCAUUAGAAAAAGCUGUUGAAUCUCUAAUUUCAAUCGUUCCUGAAAUCGAUCAAAUGAUUUAUGUAGUUACACAAAAUUGUACUAAUCCUAAAGAUGAUCUUACUCCUGAUGAAUCGGCUUCAAUAAUGCUUUAUUCAAUGGAAUGGACGUCAAGAGAUGAUUCAUUUUAUUUUAUUCUAAACAAAACCCUUCGUUCAGAAAAUCGUCAAUUAUUAAAACCAUGGUUUCUUUAUUUACGCUUAUUUAUUCAUUCUCUUUCAAAACUUCCAUCAAUUGCAGGAAAAGCUAUUUUUCGUGGAAUAAAAAUGGAUUUAAGAAAUGAUUAUCCUACAGAUAAAGAAUUUGUUUGGUGGGCAUUUUCAUCAUGUACAAAUCAAGUAAGUGUUUUAGAGAAUGAAGAAUUUUUUGGUAAAACUGGAAAACGAACAUUAUUUGUAAUUGAAUGUGAUUCUGGAAAAGAUAUUCAUAAUCAUUCACUUUUUCCAACAGAGAACGAAAUUUUACUUAUUGCUGCAAGACAAUUUCGAGUUAUUGCUAAUCUUAAUUCGGACAAUGAUCUUUAUAUAAUUCAAAUUAAAGAAAUUAAACCUCCUUUUCCUUUUAUUUCAUGUUCACCUAUGAUACCAUCAACAAUGGCGUAUCAAAAUAGAAAACUUGAAGAUCGUAUUAAAAUAUGUCCAAUGCAUUCGGAAAUAAAUUUAAAUCAACAGAAUUUAACUGAUCAAGACAUGAAUAUCGUCGUACAGGAAGCGAUCAUCAAUAAACGAUGUAAAAAACUUUCAUUAGAAAAUAAUAUAAUAACAUCACAAGGUGCAAUAACAAUCGCUAAUGGACUGAAUAAUAAUACAACAUUAGAAGCAUUGAUACUCUAUCAUAAUCAUUUGUCUGAUUUAGGAGUUCGUCAUUUAUCAAAAGUUCUUUCAACAAAUAGUUCUAAUCUAAAAAUACUUGGUAUUGGUUCAAAUAGUAUUACGGACAAUGGUAUACAAUAUCUUGCUCAAAUGCUUAAAAAAAAUCAAUCAUUGAUUGUAUUAGGACUUGUUUUUAAUGAAAUUACUGAUCAAGGUGUUCGAUUAUUAGCUGAUGCACUUUCUCAUGAUAAUCAAACUCUUCAAUUUUUACAUCUUUCUAAAAAUAAAUCGAUUAGUAAUUCAAGUUUUGAAUAUCUUAAUCAAAUGCUUAAACGAAAUCAUUCAUUAAGAGAACUUUGGAUGCAGAAUUGUAGUUUAUCUAAUGAUAUCAAACAAAAUUUACGACAAAGUAUCAGAUCAAAAACUAAUUUUCGUUUAGAAUUGUAA